AUGCUGGAUAUGCCGGAGAGGGAAAUGGAGACCACCACAUGGGAGGGCAAGGGCGGCACUCUUACUGCUUCUGUAAGGACACAAAGAAAGCAUCAUGAAAGGUGCAUACGGGCCUGUGUCACCCUUGCAGGUGCGUUACUGUAAUCAUGAUGUGCCUUUGCAGCUUAACAGGACGGAUGCCCCCAUUGUUCUGCACAUCCCUAUUCCCGAGACCGACAGCGACGACCCUCAUGGCCUCUUCGGUGAUGAAUACGGGAUUGUCGAGAUCGACGGCAAGCUGAAGGCGAUGAACACGACAGAAGCAGUGAGGCACGGUCGUCACUUCAUUGUGAGGAGACAGCUGACGUGUGGAUACUUUGGCUAUAUGACGCAGCAGUGGAGCACAGAAGGUAUGUAAGUGGCAAUUUUCACAUCAGCCUUUCAGCUUCUGGUGCUCUCUCUCUCUCUGUCGAUCUGUUAGGCUGUUAUCACAACACAACGCUCACGACCGAUGAGACGAUCGUGUGCCACUGCUUCCACCUUUCGGAGUUUGGGGUGAUAUUCAGGCAAGCCAUCGACUGUGUGUGUCAUCACACCACAACGCGACGCGCCGACUUAUGUCUCUGUCCGUAA